AAUGAUUGUGUCGAUUUAUUCAGACUAUAAAACAUUAAAACGUACAGACAUCGUUUAAAAGUGAAAUUAAACUUAUAUGAUUUGUUAUGGUAAUUAAAAAAAAGGUACAUCUUUUCAUCCUUCUCUACGACGUUUACGUCACUAACCUGGAAGUAAACAAUGCCAUCACGUGAUCAGAAGGCGCGCUGAGAAAAAGCACCGCGUGUGUCUUCACUGAGGACAAUCUGAAAUCCGAAACGUAGCCCAGGUGAGAGUAACUGCACUUUAUUCCCAGACCUGUGGUAUCAUUUGAUGGAAGGAUGCCAGAUGAUAACAUUCGUUCUGCAACCUACACGGUGCCAUGUGAAGAUUAUGUCCAUGUAGUGGAGUUUAGUCCAUUCGACUGUGGAUCACCUGCAUCACUCCUUGCUUAUGGUGGAAACCAGUAUGUGGUUGUGGGUGCCUGUCGCUUUAAGGAAGAAGACACAGAGAUUGAGGGUGUCGAGUUUAAGUCUCUGCAAGUGUUCAUGCACGGAGUGCGCGUGGAUGCCAUUGCAUGGAGCCCUGAAACCCGAUUGGACAAACUUCCACAGGUCAUCAGGUUUUGUACUGCAGCAGCUGACAGAAAGCUCAGGCUGUGGACAUCUGACCUGCAGAACAGACAUGAAUGUGAAAUGAAGGUGAUGGAAGGCCACACCAGCUACAUCAAUCAGUUAGUGUUUGAGCCUACAGAAGGAAAGCAAAUAGCCUCUAUCAGCGAUGACCACACUUGCAGGUUGUGGGACCUUGACGGUAAUGAAACCACUUCAUUCACACUGCGUUCUCCUGGUGUUAGCGUCUGUUGGCAUCCAGAGGAUCCCUUUAAGUUACUAGUGGCAGAGAAGAAAGGCACUAUACGAUUCUAUGACCUUGUUACACAACAUGCCAUUCUGUCUCUGGACAGCGGGCAGGUGCCACUCAUGUCAGCUGACUGGUGUCUCACAAACACUAUAAAGGUUGGGGCAGUUGCAGGCAAUGAUUGGGUGAUCUGGGACAUUACCCGUUCCAGCUAUCCGCUUGAGAAGAGACCGGCUCAUGUUGACAGAGCGAGGCAUUUCAGAUGGUCAAGGGCACAAGAGAAUCUUUUUGCCACCACGGGCUAUCCGGGGAAAAUCGCCAGUCAAUUAUUGGUGCAUCACUUAGGCCAUCCACAGCCUGUUAUGAUUGGUUCAGCUACUGUGGGGGCGGGCCUAAGCUGGCACAGGACCUUGCCGCUGUGCGUGAUUGGCGGGGACCGAAAGCUGUUCUUCUGGAUGACAGAGAUGUUACUCGGGUCAAAACUCUUGUGGGAACGAGACUUUACGCUACUCUCCCCUUCAGUUUUUUAGCCUUUUCUAUGAAUUAUUGUAUCAGUGUUUUUGGUGUAGUGUUCUGCCAAGUUGGCUCAGACGUGAGCCAAAGGUCACCAAACGGCAGGAGUUGGCAAUUUCUCUCACAGAAUGGCUGGAGUGCGAGAAAAAACUCUGUACAGGUGCUCAUACAGACAGUCUCAUUGACUCCACCAGGAUAAUAAUCUUCAGUCCCAUUCCUAAAACUACGGGGGAGCUUCCUCUGUUCGACCGUGGCCUUUGUGUAAGGUGGGGGAAACGGACAUAGGCGAAGGUAUUUGUGCUUCAACAGUUGAACCAUGAAAAUGAAGAAAAGCAUGGGAAACUAAAGUCCAGGGAGAACACAAGACUUUAAAAGCAGUGUUUUUUCCAAGAAAAGCGCAGGAGACUAAGAGGGAAACCAAGGUUCUAUGAGGUCAAACGGCUAUGUUUUAACAUGGGGAUGAUUUCCUUUAUUGGGGUGAAUAAGACCGAAAG